AUUGAAAAAACAUUUAAUUUUACGAAUAAAAUUCUUUAAUUUGUGUAUCAAAAGAAAAAAAAUGGCAUCGUAUAGUUUGCUGCUGUAAGCAAAGCCAAGUUUAAAAUUACUAAAAUUUUUAUUUAAUAUUUUAAGGUUGUAAAUUUAUAAGGUAUGAUUAGAUAUACUUGCUAUAUUUAGAUAAAACAUUGAAAUUCUUCAGUUGAUAUUUAUACAACAAUAAUUUUGUUAGCAUGUCCCAGAUAGUUGGUGUGUGGGAUAUUACCUUGAAUGGCAAAAAGCAUUUGAUUGAGUUUGAACAUGGAACAACAUCAGGAAGACGGAUAGUUAGAGUGGAUGGAAAAGAAAUUGUUAAACGUGACUGGCUCUUCAAAUUAGUUGGGCAUGAAAAUUUCAAAAUAGGAAAUAACAAUUGCUCCAUUGUUAUCUAUCCUGCCAAAGGAUUGUCCUUUGAGUAUUCCCUAAUUGUGAAUGGAAAACAAUAUAAAAAAUUCAAAGAAAAUCAAUCAAAGAUUUUAAAGACUUGGAUUGUUGAUGUUGAUAAUGAACCAACUCGAAUAGUUUUAGAAAAAGAUACUCUUGAUGUUUGGGUCAAUGGAGAAAAAAUGGAAACUGCGGGGGAAUUUGUAGAAGAUGGGACAGAAACACACUUUGCCUUGGGUUCCUAUAAUGCAUACAUUAAAGCCAUGAGUAGUGGCAACAAAAGAGAAGGCAUUAUACACUCUUUAAUUGUUGGUGAUUCUGUUAUUCCUGAAAGCAAUGACUGAGUGAGCAAUAUUUUUGCAUUCCGUCCAAUUUUGAUGAGUUAGUGAAUGGCUCUUUUCCUUUCAUCAGGGAGGGUAGAGAGACUGUUACAUACAUGCACAAGUACUUUUGGAACUUAACAGAUUGCAAUUUAGAGAGAAAUGCUGUUACUAUUUACAUAAGUAAGAAAAUCUAUUUUUGAUUGCUCAUUUCAGGGUGUUGGUUUCGAAUUUUAUUUCCAGUCCUUUUGAUCUGUGUAUUUUAAAGAGUUAUUACCAUUUCAGGGAUUGUCAAACUUUUAUGGUGAAAGACCUAAACUUGUAUCUCAUACUAUUUUGUUAUGUAUAUUUGAACUAUGUAUAUAAUAUUAGAAAUGAAUACAUUGUAAAGUGAUAUUAAUAAUAAUUAUUAUUAUUAUAUAUAUAUUAAAAUAAGGAGAAUCACACAAAUAUUUUUGUUGAACUUAAACUCUGUAGUAUAAUCUUGCAUUGCUGUAAAAAUUUCUGAAUCUCUGGUUUGUAACUAAUUCUUUUCAGUGAAAAGUGCAAUUUCGAGUUAGCUUCAGUUAUUUUCUUAAAUUUAAUGGAAUUCAUAUUAGAAAACGAUUGUUCAUAGAAAUAUGUUGGCCUGAAAUUUGUUAAAACUCAAAUGAUUGUCAGUCUUUUUCUGUAAAAGAUUAAAAAAGGUUGUUGAAUAUGAGAAAUUCUCACCAUGUUAUGGUUUUUACUUAAAAAAUAACAUGUUUAAAUUACAUCUCUUAAAAUGAUCAUUGUUA